GCCUAUUUGCAAAUUUGCUUUUUCUUUAUCUCAGGUAUGGCAACGCAGUCUAAACAAAAGAAACUCAAAGGCGGUCGCCAGAAGUUGAAGCUUUUUCGAGCCAAUGAACCCUUGAAAUCCGUUCUCAUGUGGGGCAUUAAUCACUCUCUUUCCACUCUUCAACACAUGAAACCGCGUGCAGUUCUCCUCAAGGAUGAUUUCAAAGCCUACUUGAAAAUUAAGGUGAAGGCUCAUCUAUUCAACAAAGAAAAUAUGCCAAGUCGGUUCAAAUUCAAGGAGUACUGUCCACUAGCCUUUCAAAAUUUGCGUGAGAGAUUCAAUGUUGAUACGAAUGACUAUUGGGAAUCCUUUACGAGAUACCAACCCCUCUGGGACACAGUAAGUGGGAAAUCGGGGUCCAAGUUUCUGGUCACCUAUAACCGGCAUUAUGUCCUCAAAACCAUCAGUUCAGAGGAAGUGGAACAGAUGCAUCACUUCAUUGAGCAUUACCAUGAGUAUAUAGUCAACGUGCACGGCCAGACUCUUCUACCGCAGUAUUUGGGCAUGUACCGAAUCACAGUGAAUGACCAGGAGACUUACCUACUGGCGAUGCGCAACGUCUUCAGUCCUCGUGUCACCGUUCAUCGAAAAUACGACCUUAAAGGCUCGGUUGUGGACAGAGAAGCCAAUGAAAAGGAAAAAAGCAGACCACUACCCACUCUGAAGGACAAUGACUUCAUGAAUGACAUCUGUGAACUUAAUCUGGAGGAAUCGUCCAAACAGCGACUUCUGGAGAACCUUGAACGUGAUAUUGCUUUCCUUCAAGAAAACAAUCUAAUGGACUACAGUGCUCUAAUCGGUAUCCACGAUGUUGAAUUAGUUGAGCAAGAGGAGGCUCCAGCACCAGGCACCUCCGGCUCCCUCCCAUGUGGCUAUCCUUCUUCCGCUUCGCCCACUGGUUUGGAGGUCGCCGCGGGCAUGCCUUCCUCCUUAAGUACUCACAGAGGCUCCACUGAUGAGAUGUUCGCAUCUGCCGGCGACGGUCUGGGUGAGAUCUUUGAGGAGAAACUCUUUGGUCCAUCCUCCAAUCAAAACGCCCCUCCUAUUGGCCCUGGCGCAGGAUUCCCUGUCGGGUCUUAUCCAAUGUCUAUCGGUAACUGUGGUGGGGGUGGUGGCGGCGGCGGCGGCGGAAUGGGAAAUGAGUCUCUUGCAGAUUUCUCUCCGUCGAAUUCAGAGGAACUCGAUGCUAUGGCUGGUGGAAGUGUUGAAGAGAGUAAAUGUGUGGACUACCGUGAAUACAGAGACGCACUUUGUAAAGGAGGGGGGUUGGUGUGUGUGUGUGUGUCCGUUAUUGAUAUUUCACCUAAUCCGAUUGAUUUUGUCAUUUCAGCUAUGUACACACCACCUGAUAGCCCUGCGGAUGAUGUCUCGCAUCGUUUACAGCCAUUCACGGGUGAAUUAAAUCCCAUCAGUGAAUUCUACGCCUUCAGAGCAUCUCCGUGUAAGUAUUGUAUGGGGCAUAAUUGUGCUUAG